UUUCUGUAACGUUUGGCUGGGCCAACAACAUAUGGAUUACCAAAACCCAAAACCAUCAGGAGCCCAAUGCUCAUCAUCACUACACGCCGUUGUCUCCGUCCAGCAAAGUGAACGUUCUCCCCUUCCUUCGCCUUUCGCUUCGACCACUGACUCACUAUUAGCAGGAAAUGAGGAAAGGAUUGCACCCUCAGUUGCAAUGGAUAUCCUAUGUGACUCAGAGUGGCAGAUUGAUGCACGUUUCGAUGACCAAAAUACACCAUGUUGGUAAAGUGUACCACUUUAGGGCUAAACGCCAAAUGGCUGAGAGUUUAGGGCAGAUUGCCAAGUUUAAGCGUCGUUUUGAAGGUGGGAAUGAUGAAGACAAUUAAUAAUGACUUUUACUAGAACGCAGCAGUAAUGUUCUAGUUAGAGUUAUUGGGAAUUGGUCUUUGAUCUGAUGGGUGCUCUACAGAACAUACGUUUUGAUGUUUUAUGGGUUGUUGAAUUUUGACAAAUAUUUCCAUUUGGAACCUGUUAUUAAGUGCUCUAUUGUGGGGUUUAUCAAA